AUGAAGGACUACGAGUGCCAGGGUGGCGGAGCCCCCCCGGCAGAGCAGCAGAAGGAGCAGUGCCGUAAGCGACACAAGGCUGCCGCGCGGGCCCCCCUUAAUAUCGGACAGGAUGUCGAGGCAGAAGCGGUUUCCAUCGAGAAGUGCAAGACCUUCAGGCAGACAGCAUGCAGUGUGCUCACGGCUUACAACAACAUGAGGCUGCAGAUGACUGGGCAGGGGCUCUCCGCUGCGAUUGCGACGAAGGAAAAUUUCGACGGCUUCAAGGACUGCAUAACUUGGAAGUCCGACCACAUCUGCUCCGACCAGGGCUCUGACAUGAUGACCAUGAGGCAGUAUUUGCGGUCAUCUGUGGUUCUAGGCAACGUUGACAGCGACGACGACAUCAGCCACGCGAUCAACAACGACUUCGAGAACGCCGACAAGGAAACCAGCCAAUGGGGAAUGGAGCGUCUCCUUCGCAUUGCGAGGAACGCAGUGCAUGGCCCUUGGGACGAGCGGAGGCGAUUUCAUCAGCUGAAAGAUUUGCUGCACGAGAUCAGGCUUUACGUCGACCCGCUCACCUGCCCGAUCUGGUUGGAAGCUGUGCCGCGCAUCCUCAUGGAGCAGGGCUUGGAGUCAAGGAUCUCCGAGCCUGACGUGGAGAAGACUUUGCUCGACGAGAUCUUCGACGCAAGCCAUGGUUAUCUUGUGAGCGCUGGGAAGAAAGAUGCCCCAGCCUUCGCCAAGAGGAUGAAGGAGUUGAAGGCGACGGCCCCGCAGCACGGCGGCGUAGCGGGCGAGAAGAAGACCAUGAAAGUGACCGCCAAAGAGAUCGACCGCUUCAGGCUGGCCACAACGGGUACUUGUCACCUGGCAGCUGUUGUGUAUUCCAAUGACAGCUACACAUGGCAGGCGAGGGCUUCCAUGGAAAUACAGCGCCCAUGGGCAGAGUGGUUCGUCCAUGCCAACAAACUGCUCCGCAGCGUCUCCGAGACAGUCAAGUGGGGGAUGGAGAUGAUCGAGGGUGGUAUAUAUAAUGUCAUGUCCAAGAUUUUCGAGGUAUUGGGCGGCGGUCGUCGCGUUCUCUACAACAUCGGCUUCGAGGUGGAGCUCGUCCCUUGCGGGCCAGACCGCACCAACGAGUACGACAUUGCUGAGCAGGCGGACUUGGCGGCCCUCGUUGCACGGUACACUUGCGCCCUCAACCGUCUGCGGUACCAGCGAUUGCUUGGCUUGCUGCGAGGAUGGCCAAAGGGCACCGUGAUGAUGCUGUCAGACGUUCCAGGCGCUGCAUCUCGCGCAGCACAGCGGUUCAGAGAGGAUUUUCAAAACUUCACCCAACUCCAGCACAUCAAGAAACCUGCUUGGCCUGUCAACAUUCGCGCCGACUCGCCGUUCAACGCCGUCCCCGUCAGGCAGCGCAUCGGUUGUCUGAUGGGCGUCCCCUACGACACGAAGAAUGCGGAGUACAGGCAGUGGCUCAAGAAGAAUCGCUCACGCUCUCUGCUCAGCCAAUCCGUCGAGGACGGGUUCUGCCGCGGAGUGAAGGACUGCGACACAGCGAUGCGCCAGGACCGCAGCUGCAACAGGGCCUAUGCCACACUUGUCGAGAGGAACAUCUUGACCGAAGUCCAUGACCACAUCGAAGUGGAUUACGCUUGGGUUCGCGACGUCCGCAACCCAGAGGUCCCAGCUGAGGUCUACUACCAGUCGGAGGAGUCUUUCAAGAAGGGGGGCAAGUUCGGUGGCAUCAAGGGCGCCAAGGGGAACCCUGAUUGGCCAAAUUUUUCAGCGACGACCGAGAACAAGCCGACCGCUCAGAUGGACCUGAAAUUGCGUGAUGCACAAUGGUAUUUGUCGAUGGGUGAUUUGUAUGGCAUCUUCGCGCUGGGCUUCCCAGUUGACAUGGCCAAGAUGCCUACCACUGGCAGGGGCUACUUCAAACUGCGCCUGGAUGGCGCCGCCACCAACUGCAAGCACUUGCACGCGACCGACGUCGCAGAGUGGGAGGCAGCGCCCGUGCAGUGGGAGCCACCAGAGGCAUCCUUCAUCAAGGAGGGGAAUGCGGAGUCCACGCAGGCCGACUUCAAGCUCCGUGCAGUCGCGUCGUCUGGCCCUGGUCCUUUGCUCAUGGUGGCCGCUAGCAGGGAGUUCUUUGACUUGGGCAUGACUGCGCUGAAGGAUAUUUGGAGGUGCGCGGGCUUCGGAAAGAUCCAGGGGUCGCCGAACCUGUUCCAGAUGCUGAAGAUGCUCUGUCAGAAGGUGCUGAGGUGCGAGGACGCCGAGCUGAUCCCGAUCCUCCAGCAGCGCACCUUCGCGGUGGACGGCGAGGAUGAGGCCCUCGAGAAGAUAGAGGGCGUGCGGGACUGCUUGACAAAGGGGGAGAUGGAGGACGCCGCCAAGAAAAAGGACACGAAAGAGGCCGCUAAAGAACAUAAGAAGGAGUACCAGUCCGCCUACAACGCGUGGAUGAAGAACACGAAGGCCGACAAGAAGGCAGCUGGCGGCCAUAAGGAGCGGGCGUGGAAGCCCAAGGAUUGGGCUGGCCCUGCAGUCUGCCCCGACCGCGCCACCGAGCAGCCCGAGGCCAAGCGCUACGCGCCCCCAGG